UGAACACAACCUACGACAAUGGACAUCUUGAAGAUCCUUUCAAGGUCUACUAAGCAUGUCAACAAGUCUGCGGGAGGAAAGGAUGUAAGCUCAGUAAAGCUUCCAUCUGCAGGAACCUCCUCGAAUCCACAACUCUACCACGAUGCGAUUCCCGGGUUAAGAGGGAAGAAGAGGAAGCGCGGGGCGGAACAGAAUGAAGAGAGCGCUCCAGGACAAGAGGAGGAAGCAAUUGAUUUCUUUGCGGCGAAGGCCCAAGCUCCGAAGUUGAAGAAAGUACCUGGCUCUGCCGAUCAGAAGCCACAAACGUCGGAGAAUGUUUCUCUAACUACAGCAAAAUUGUUGGAUGAAGAAGAAUGCCGACAGAUACUGCGAUCGCACAGACUAAAGGUCACUCUUUUACCUGCAGGCAAUGCGCCAGCAAAGAAAGUGAAGAAAUCGAAGAAAAGCAAGGCUGCCACGAAGUCGAAAACGAAGGACGAAUACACGCAGGUUUAUCCACAGCCAUUGACGGCAUUCGAGGAUCUGAAGCAUACAUAUGGGAUUUCGGGGCGCAUGGCAACGAACUUGGCAGAGCAGGGAUACAAGAUACCCACAGAGGUACAAAUGGGCAGCUUACCUCUGCUUCUCAAGCCGGAAUUUGCCCUCGGAGCCUCUCCAACGGAAGCAGAAGGUGCUGAGGACGGAACGGCCUUUGAUCUGCUUGCAGUCGCUCCCACUGGCAGUGGGAAGACUUUGGCGUUUUUGAUACCAGUGGUGAACCAGAUUAUGCAACAGCGGAGGACUGAGAAGGAUAAGGAGGAGCACAGUUUGCAAGCUGUGGUAAUUGCCCCAACGAAAGAACUUGCAAGCCAGAUUGUCAACGAGGCGAAGAAACUGAGUCUUGGAACUGGGGUGAAGGUGGUUGGAAUGCGAAAGGGCUUGAAAAUUCUUGGCACGCAAGAUGUUGGAGCUGGAGGUGAGAGCUCCAGCGAGGAUGAAGAUGAUGAGGCAAAAGAGCUAUCGAAGAAACCAAUCCAAGGUGUUGCCAAGGCCGAUAUUCUCGUCACAGCUCCUGGGUUACUGCUCAGUGCUCUUUCGACCAAUGUUCCAGAAGAACACAACCCCUUGCCAACUGUUCGGGCACUGAUAUUGGAUGAGGCAGACGUCCUUCUUGACCCCCUAUUCAGAGAUCAAACACUUGGGAUAUGGAAUGCAUGCGCAAAUCCACAACUCCGCGUUACUUUAUGGUCAGCAACCAUGGGCUCAAACAUCGAAGCUCUUGCAUUAUCUACAAUCUAUUCAAGAAGAACGAAACUUGAAAUUGACGAUGACUCUCGAAUCGUCAGAUUAGUCGUUGGACUGAAAGACUCUGCCAUUCCCAACAUCACCCACCGACUCACCUACGCCGCCACCGAACCUGGGAAACUCAUCGCUCUCAGACAGCUCCUUCACCCCACCGCAAAAUCCACCGACGCCACGCAAUCCCUCCGCCCUCCCUUCCUCGUCUUCACGCAAACCAUCCCUCGAGCCGUCGCCUUACACGCCGAACUCCUUUACGACAUCCCCGCCGAAGCCGGUGGCUCCUCCCGCAUCGCAGUCCUACAUUCCGACCUCUCAGACUCUGCCCGCUCCCACGUAAUGACCCGCUUCCGCAAUGGCGAGAUCUGGGUUCUCAUCACAACCGACAUCCUUUCCCGUGGCGUUGACUUCCGCGGAAUCAAUGGCGUAGUAAACUACGAUGUCCCGAACUCUGGAGCAGCGUACAUCCAUCGUGUUGGGAGAACGGGACGAGCUGGGAGGGACGGUGGUGUGGCAGUUACGUUUUAUACGAAGGAGGAUAUUCCCUAUGUGAAGAACAUUGCUAAUAUUAUUGCGGCGAGCGAGAAGCAGGCUGGCAAGCCGGCUAGCGAGGCGAGUAUGCAGAAGUGGCUGUUGGAUGCGCUGCCGAAGCCGACAAAGGACGAGAAGAAGAGGUUGAAGAUGUACGGUGUCGAGGCGAGACGAGGGGGCUUGGGCCCUGGAAAGGAGGGGAAGGAAGCAAAAGGCAAGAAGGGAAGGAUGCAGAUUAGUACCAAGAGUGGGUAUGAGCGGAAGCUGGAGAAUAAUAGGAAAGGGGCGAUUUUGGGGAGCAGGAGACGUGCUCGCGAGACCCAAAAAGAGGAGACUGAUGAUCGACCUACUGCUGAGGACAUCGAGUGGGGUGGCAUUGAUGAAUAGGGUUAUAGUCACUUCAGUGGCUGUGGAAAUAACUUUGGAAUUUUGCUUGAUACCAUGAAAUCCUACAAAAUGAAAGAUUGC